UAUGUAUAAAUAAACUUCUGCGCGUAGUUUCGUUUGGGAAAAAUUGUUGAUCCUGCGGGAUUGCAUCACUCGAUUGCAUCAUCUCGCACGAGGCCCGGUUACCGGGUUUUAGUAUUGUUCAAGCUAUUAGUGUAUUUGCAAGUAAAUAUCAAGCAACACCAUAAAGGCUAUUGGUUCGUCGUGGUCGUAUCAGCUCGAGUUGGAAGAGCUGGGAGCCAUAACUAGAAGAAGAAGAAGAAGAAGAACCUUCUGCGUGCGACGAAGUAAACAGAAAGUGAAAAGGAGGAACGGCGAGAGCGAAUAGUUUUUUUGUUAGUUUCACAGAUCAUACAUAGGUGCCAAAACUCUGAGAAAACUGCCUGCAGUACAUAGAGGUUGGUGACAUUAUUUGUAGUUUUGUUAAUUUGUACUUUACAUAUCAUAUUGUAGAUUACAUACAUAUUGUAGAUUGGAUAUAACUUAUUAUUAUAGUCAGUUGCAUUACAAGUAAUUCAAUUUUAGUUUCAAUUUUAUGUUUAUAUGUACCAUAUUUUAUCACGAUUUUCAAUAGUUCUGAAUUUGUGUUUGUAUGAGAAAGAGAAAGGAUGGCAUUUCAUGUCGUCGAAUUUCGAGACGGAUUGGGUUUAAUUCCGUCCAACUGGAUGACGGAAAACAAAACUGUGUGCUUUUAUCCAACGGGAUAUUCUAAAUCAGAGAUGAAUAAAGCGGUGAAGGCAUCGUUACAACCUGCAUUGAAAAACACGGCAGCCAAAUGGAUUUUAUGCGAUAUUGUACGCUACUUCGCAUCAGCUGACACCUUUGAGAAAGGUAUGGAUAAGUUAAAAUUAGCAGAAAAGGCCUCUGAUCUGGAUACGGAUGUGGAAGAUACUUUGAAAAGAUCACGCCACAGCAGGCAUGUGGUUGAUAUGGAACUAUCCGACGACGAUGAAUGCUCGAAGAAAGUGGCGUUAGAUAAAUUUCCGGACAUUAACUUGUUUUCCGAUAAUGUUCCCGAUCUGACAAUGAGUAGUACAUCCGCGUCAUUGGAUACCAACGUUAUUGCCACGUACGAAUGUCCAGUGAUCAAUUCCUCCAGUUCUAACGAAAAAAUGUGCCACACGGAAAGUAAAAAUUCGUGUUUAGAAACUAGAGUUCGUCGUAAGUUUUCUUCACUCGUCGAGAAAGAAUCGUGCUCAGAUGAGAAAAAUAAAGUACCAGAUUAUACAAUAAAGAAAACAUCUAGUGAUAUCAAUAUACUGUCCGAAAUUGUUCGGAAACAAAAUAAAAUUUUAUUAGAAAUAAAAGCGAUGAAGGAACAGAUUGCGGAAUUACGAAGCACUAUAAUAUCUACAUCAUAUGAUACAUGCACUGCGACUAAUAAAAACAACUCACACACAUUCAAGGCCACAAAUAUGGGAAAUGUUGACGGGAAAAAAUUAUUUAUCGAAAAUCUUGAAGAACUGCAAGAUUUAGAGACGGCAUUGGCGAACGAAGACUUUUUUCAACGUGCGGGAGAAGCUCUAUGCUGUAUAGGAGGAAGCGACGUAAAUCGUAUAACUCGCAACGUACUGUUUGCACUUCUUUCCAACAAAGUUGCUAUGCAGUUUAGUUGGGCCGGCCGUGAAAAAAAGGCAUUUAAUGGCCUCAACAUAACGAAAUUAAUAAAAGCUGUCGUAAGCAGCCAGAAGGUGGAUACAAAACCACAAGAAAUUGAAGGAAUUAUUAAUAAGUGGCUGAUACAAGCAACGCUUAGAUUUAAGCGAGAAAAAUCCAAAGAAGAAAAGCAGACGAUCAGCGAAAAAGACGACAAUUCUAACUCUUCGUAACUCUUUAUUUAAUGUUUAUUUUGUUUUCAUAAUGUUUAUUUUAGUAUCAUUUUAGUAUCAUAGUGUUUAUUUUGUUCUCAUAGCUUUAGUGUUUAUUUUGUUCUUACUGCUUUAUGCAAUAUUUAGUUUGUUCCUUUAUGUACAAAAUGAUACAUAUAUACAUUGAAUUAAGGAUCAAUCUUUUUGUUAACACUGGUAAUUUUGUUAACACUGUAAUAUCUGUAUAUCAAUAACAAAUAAUUUGAAUAAAUUUAUAGACAUAAAUAUAUUUGAAGGCAACUCUACACGUGAAUAGUAAUUUCUAAUAUGGAUGUGGGAUAAGAAAACUGACAUAUGGAAAUAAAUUUUUUCAAUAUGUUUAACAAUACAUAAAAACAAAUAAAGAU